GCUUAGCAGGCCUAGGUAGCCCGCCGCCAGGCAGCUGGGAGCAGUGGCCGGCGCUAGGAUUUCGCCUACCCCGGUUCGUUCGCUCGCUCGCCAGCCAGUACGACCCCUCACCCGCUCGGGAUGGCUGGUUACCUGCGGGUUGUACGCUUGCUCUGUAGAGCCUCCGGUUCCGGGCCGGCCUGGGCGCCGGCAGCCUUAACAGCCCCCAACUUGCAAGAGCAGCCGCGGCGCCACUAUGCCGACAAGAGGAUCAAGGUGGCGAAGCCAGUGGUGGAGAUGGACGGCGAUGAGAUGACCCGUAUUAUCUGGCAGUUCAUCAAGGAGAAGCUCAUCCUGCCCCAUGUGGACGUCCAGCUCAAGUAUUUUGACCUGGGGCUCCCAAACCGUGACCAGACCAAUGAUCAGGUCACCAUCGACUCCGCGCUGGCCACCCAGAAGUACAGCGUGGCUGUCAAGUGUGCCACCAUCACCCCUGACGAGGCCCGUGUGGAAGAGUUCAAGCUGAAGAAGAUGUGGAAGAGUCCCAAUGGAACCAUCCGGAACAUCCUCGGGGGGACUGUCUUCCGGGAGCCCAUCAUCUGCAGAAACAUCCCACGCCUCGUCCCUGGCUGGACCAAGCCCAUCACCAUUGGCAGGCACGCCCACGGCGACCAGUACAAGGCCACAGACUUUGUGGCUGACCGGGCUGGCACAUUCAAGAUCGUCUUCACCCCAAAGGAUGGCAGCGGAGCUAAGGAGUGGGAGGUGUACAGCUUCCCCGCUGGUGGCGUGGGCAUGGGCAUGUACAACACGGAUGAGUCCAUCUCGGGUUUUGCGCACAGCUGCUUCCAGUAUGCCAUCCAGAAGAAGUGGCCACUCUACAUGAGCACCAAGAACACCAUUCUGAAAGCCUAUGACGGGCGCUUCAAGGACAUCUUCCAGGAGAUCUUUGAGAAGCACUACAAGACCGAGUUCGACAAGAAUAAGAUCUGGUACGAGCACCGCCUCAUUGACGACAUGGUGGCUCAGGUCCUCAAGUCUUCGGGCGGCUUUGUGUGGGCCUGCAAGAACUACGACGGAGACGUGCAAUCAGACAUCCUGGCCCAGGGCUUUGGCUCCCUUGGCCUGAUGACGUCCGUGCUGAUCUGCCCGGAUGGGAAGACCAUUGAGGCUGAGGCUGCUCAUGGGACGGUCACGCGCCACUAUCGGGAGCACCAGAAGGGCCGGCCUACCAGCACCAACCCUAUCGCCAGCAUCUUUGCCUGGACGCGUGGCCUGGAGCACCGGGGGAAGUUGGACGGAAACCAGGACCUGAUAAGGUUUGCCCAGACCCUGGAGAAGGUGUGCGUCGAGACAGUGGAGAGUGGAGCCAUGACCAAGGACCUGGCGGGCUGCAUCCAUGGCCUCAGCAAUGUGAAGCUGAACGAGCACUUCCUGAACACCUCGGACUUCCUGGACACCAUCAAGAGCAACCUGGACAAAGCUCUGGGCCAGCAGUAGCGGGUGGGAGCGCUGCUGGCUGCCGUGGCGGCCGGGCUGGGGCCGAGCGGGUGGCCACAGGUCCCCCCCAACCCCGACACGCCCCCGCAGCGGAGGGUGAGCUUCACACCCCCUCUUUGGAGGCCUUUCUCGGGGACACUCUUUUUUAUAAGCAAGAUGUUUUUAAAAGUAUCUGUGUGUUUCCCCUCAUGGUGACAUGAGGCAGGAACGGUGUGUUUUACCUCAGCCAGUGGUAUGUUUUGCAUACUGUAAUUUAUAUUGCCCUCGGAACACAUGGUGCCGUAUUUAGCUACUAAAAAGCUCUUCACAAAACAGUCUGCUGUGUUCGUCCCUGAGGGGAAGGAGGCAGCUGGGGCCUAGAGGCAGAAGCCCUCAAAGGGCUGGCGGAUUCCCCCGGGGGCUGCCCGGGGUGCCUUGGGUCACAGCAGGCCUCUGUCCAGUCAGGGGGCCACCGGGGGGAGGGGACCAGGCAGAAGGCCUGUGGGUUCCCUGGAAUUUCCUAGCACGACCUGGCUUCUGUAUCCUCUUUUCCAUUUUGAGAUUGUCACUUCCGAUAGAGUACGGUUAUAUAUAUAUAUUUUUUUUCUUUGAUAGUUUUAACUUUC